CAUGUUGAAAACAAAACCCACCUAAACCCUUCUCCAUUCGUUGCAGAAAAUCCCACUCAAAUCUUAUGGAUAUGCUGGCAACUAAUACUUGGUAAAACCAUGGAUUAAAUGCUGGGACUGGCCAGGCUCUUCAAUACCCUAGCACCGAGAAAAAGCUUCUAGUAUCUGUAUUUUCUCUCCCCAGAAAAUUAGUAGUUCCAAAAGAGCAGCCAAAAUGAUCUAUGAUUCCAUCUUGGCCAGAAGCUUCAGCAAGCAUGAGCAGAGGAAGCUGGGAUGUGGAGCUUUUCUUACCUCCUUAAUCAUUGUAUUUACAGUCAUUACAGUGUUUAAACCUUAUUUGGGCCCUCUAAGAGUUUUGAAUUUGCGAGUUUCAUUGGGGGCUGGCCUCGAAAUGCUCAGGACUGAAGAAAUAUUAAGUGAACCCCAGCAAAAAGAAAUAACUCGAGACAAGAAAUUCAAGCCAAUUUGCAGCACUUCAGAGCCAAGAUCUGAUGUUUGCCAGAUGAGUGGAGAUAUAAGGAUUCAUGGAAAUUCUUCCACUGUUUUUGUUGCUGUAACUGCUUCUGGCACAGCCAUUUUCCCGGAAAGCAGCUCAUGGAAACUACGGCCUUAUGCUCGAAAAGGUGACAGAGCCGCCAUGGAAGGAGUCCGAGAGUUCACAGUCAAGAUGGUGAGGAGUUCGUCUCAGUACAUCCCUAACUGCACCCACAACCACAGUGUUCCAGCCAUUGUCUUCUCAACCGGUGGCUAUGCUGGAAACCACUUCCAUGACUUCAAUGAUGUGGUGAUACCUCUCUAUCUAACUUCUAGAGAAUUCCAUGGAGAAGUAAAGUUUCUUAUCAGUGACAAGGAAGUUUACUGGGUUGAGAAGUUCAAGGAAGUACUCAAACACUUGUCCAAGUAUGAAGUCACUGACAUUGAUGGAGAAACAGGAGUCCACUGCUUCCCAAGAAUGGUUGUUGGCCUUAAACACCAUGGAGAGUUCAAAAUUGAUCCUUCAAGAUCUCCAUAUUCCAUGAAGCAAUUCAGGGAGUUCUUGAAAGGAGCCUACUCACUGAAGAGAGAAACAGCCAUCAAGACAAGAGAUGGGGAAUUCAGAAGGCCGAGGCUUCUGAUAAUCUCAAGAAGAAGAUCCCGAUCCUUCACGAACGAAGUUGAGAUAGUCCAGAUGGCAAGAAGCUUAGGGUUCGAAGUGAUUGUCGUUGAAGCAUUCAUGAACUUGGCAACAUUUUCCCAGCUUGUGAACUCCUGUGAUGUGAUGAUGGGAGUCCAUGGAGCUGGGCUCACCAACAUUGUGUUUCUCCCUGAAAAUGCUGUUUUCAUCCAAAUAGUUCCUUUGGGGGGUUUGGAAUGGCUAGCAAGAACUGAUUUUGGAGAGCCUGCAAAGGCCAUGAAUCUGAGGUACAUUGAGUACAAGAUUGGUGAAAAUGAGAGCUCUCUUUGGCAAGAAUACCCACCUCAACAUCAAGUUUUUAGGGACCCUUAUUCAAUACAAAAGGAGGGUUGGCCUACUUUUAGUGCAGUGUACUUAGAGAGGCAAAAUGUAAAGCUUGAUGUGGGGAGAUUUAGGGCCACUUUGUUAGAAGCUCUCAAUCUUCUCCAAAUGUAGAGUGCAUUUAUUAUCAUUCUCCCUCUUUCUUUCUUUUCUUUUAUUCCAAGUUUGAAUUAGUUUUUAUUUUCUCAUUAAAUUAUUCAAUUAUUCUAUCUCA